AUGGAAUUUGCCCUCGCCAAAAAAGUACCGCUGCGGCGCGACGACCGGGUUAUCCUUCAUUUUUGCGUGGAGAAUCGCCAGCCCUCUCUCCGGACUCAGCCCCUCGGCAUCAAACAGAAGAGCAUCCUCGCCACGUGCAAUUACGUGGCCCGCCGCCGUGGCGUGAAGAAGUUGAUGUUGAUUACCCAGGCGAAGAAGAUCUGUCCCGACCUGGUGCUGGCGGACGGCGAGGACCUGUCGCCGUUCCGAGAUGUGUCGAAGCGGUUGUAUUCCCUACUUCGGGGGUACUCGUGGAGCGGGAAGGUGGAGCGUCUUGGCUUGGACGAGGUGUUCCUGGAUGUCACGGAUAUGGUGGCGUAUAAUGUCGAGCUGCUGAACACGAACGACUUGGAACGGUCGUUCUUUUGCUUGUCCCGGUCGGAUCCGGAAGUUGGGUUUGCGUAUGACGCUCGGGGAUUUGCGGGCUAUAUCUGCGGCAAUGAGACCGUCAAAACCCCAGAGGGGAAUGGCUUGGGCAUGAGGCUGUUAGUAGCCUCGCACCUUGCCCAGUAUCUCCGACUCAAGAUCGAAGACGAAGGGUACACCACCGCCUGCGGGAUCUCCACCAACAAACUCCUCGCCAAACUAGUCGGCGACAAGAACAAACCACAGAACCAAACCACCCUCCUCGCCCUCACCCAGCAGGAUGUCCUCUCCUUCAUGGACACCCACCCCCUACGCAAAGUCCCCGGCAUCGGCUCCAGAACCACCCGAGUCCUCGAAGCCUUUGUCCUCAACAAACCUCCCGACCCAGACGCCCACACCAUGGAGUGUUCCACAACCGUCGGUGAGGUCCGUGUUCACCAGGGAAUGUCAAUUCCGACCAUCGCCCGACUGCUCGCAGGCCCGGGCACGGAAAAGGGUCUCGGCGCCAAGGUCUGGUCUUUGCUUCACGGCGUGGACGACACGCCGGUCAAGGCUGGCCGUGAUAUCCCGACCCAGAUCAGUAUCGAGGACACCUACCGGGGGCUAACCCAGAUGGAGCAAAUCCACCGCGAGCUGUUGGCAGUUACUACCUCCCUCCUCAAACGAAUGCACAUCGAUCUACUCGAAGAAUCCCCCCCAGCCCCAGCAAGUUCUAGUUAUACCGUUUUGCCAACAACAACCCCCCCAACUUCUUCCCACCCCCUCUCCCUCGCGACACCCCCCCACAUCAACACCCACGCCACCCAAGAAAGCAGGAGAUGGCUCGCCCGCCCAAAAACCAUCCGCCUUUCCACCCGCCCCUACCAACCCUUCACCGAGGAUCCUACAGCAAUCCAACAAUGGGCCCGCACCUCCCGCAGCGCCCCUCUUCCCUCCUUUAUCUUCACAGCAACCCACCUCCCACUCGAAGAUGUCGCGGCCCGUUUGGUAUCAGAGACGUUGUUACCGCUAUUUUAUAAGAUGUGUCCGGGUCCGGGUCAGGGUAAACCACCGUUGCAAGUGGGAUCCGGUAUCGGUGGAAGGGAUGCGGACAUGACAGCUGAAAGGGGGGGUGGAGUGGGGGAUGGAGGGGGUGCGGGGUGGAAUGUAGGCUUGUUGAACGUGUGUGUGACUAAUAUGCUGGUGUCCGGCAACGGCGGUGGUGGUCUGGACGGUGGGACGGGAGAUAUUGGGGCUAUGUUUCGACGGCAGGAGGGGGUGUUGAGGGAGUUUACGGCUUAUGCGGAUGGGCAGGAUGAGGAUCGUGGGGAUGGUGGGGGUGUGCAUGCGGAUGAGGUACGGAGAAUAGGGGAUGUAGGAGGGAGAGAGGAAGGAGAAGAGGCAAAAGCCACAGGCGAGGGAGAUGGCGAACGAACCCACCAAACGCGAGGACACGAUAACAACGCCGACAACCCAUGGGGUAUUGAAGACGAUGACGACGUCUGGGCCACUGUUGAUGAUCCACCCAACGACGACGAGCAACCGGACCGCGGCUUUGAGGAGGACGACGACGGGCUGGAGAGCCUGGACCAGGACAAAGAUCAAGACACAGUCCUCUGUCCGUUGUGUGAUCGGCUGAUCCCCCGGUUUGCGGUGUUGGCGCAUGAGCGGUUUCAUAACUUAGCUUAA